AUGCGCCUGCUGCACCACUUUGUGUCACACACCUACAAAUCCAUGCCUGGAGGUGAAACACCAGUGAUCAGCGAAUGCUGGACAUCACAUAUACCAACAAUAGCCUUUGGACACGACACUCUCUUGUACGCGAUCCUGGCAGCCGCAUCAGCACAUUUGAGUCUGCUGAGUCCAGCCCAGACCAUGUAUCAUGUGGCUGCGAAGUAUUACUUCGCGAUCGUGCUCCAAGAACAAAACAAAGCUGUAUCCAACAUCACGACCGCAAAUGCUGAUUCAAUUUGUCUCACUUCCCUCUUGGUAAACAUCCUCGCGCUCCAUUUCCAGAACGUGAGCGACAGUCAUCCUCGGAAUACACUGUCGGCGGCGGCGUUCAGAGGCAUGGCCAUCGGCCACAGCAGUGCUGAUGUCAUCAAGACAGCGUGGCCUUCGAUCAACCAUGAUCCAACCUCGGAGGCAGCCAAGAUCCUCAAAGCGACACCAACGUUUCGAGAGCGCUCAUGGCUUUGUCGUCAAUCCACCAGGAAAGUCAUAUACCCAUUAGAUCAAUCGAUCACCUGUGCCCUGCGGGAGAUUGAGGAACAACCUCCGGAACUCGAACGCGACAACGAAACCACCACCAAAGCAAUUCGUGCGGGUAUUGGUUAUGUCCAAAGCAUGAGAAAGGCAAUUGAGAAUGACGAGCCAAACACCACCUUUUGCCAGCGGGUUAUAGGCUUCACCGGCACUAUCCCCAAGCACUUUCUACAAUUGGUGCUUACCAACCAUCCGCGAGCGCUUUUGACGCUGGCAUAUUUCUUCGCCCUAGUCCAUCAUGCGAAAAGCAUUUGGUGGUUGAGUGGGCUUGCCGAGCGAAGUGUCCGGGUGGAUUCUGGAGACACUGCCAAAAGAGUGGAAACCUCUAAUGCAGCGACCAUUUGCCAUGAUAUUGGCCAGGACACAUACUAAACAGCAAUAGCAUAGCGGAAGACUGCUAGAAUCCAAACUUGACAGCAGAAUCCUCGACUAUGCUCACGUGCUGCCCAAAGAGUCAAGAUCACCGCGAUGAUGCAGUGCCGUGCGACAUAGAUCGAAGUCUACAACCUCUCAAAGUCAAGCACAUAUUGGGGUCGAUAAGAAAAGGUGAAGGACAAAAGGACACUCGGCCCGAAUCUGCCAACGAACGGGACAAUGCAGCUUAACGGCGAUUGGCACGCUUAAGGACUGCUGUGUAUGGCCAGCCGUUAUCUGAUCGGGCUCGAAUGUUUUCCCAAAUUAGGCAGGAGGUUAUGACUUUGCUAGGCUUCACACAUCCCAUGACGGUAGGUGGCCCCAAAGCUGGAU